UCUUCUUCUUCAAACCCACUUUCCCACUCUUGAUAAAUCUCACCUCCACACACUCCAUCCCCAAUUCCCCUUCUCUCUCUCUCUCUAACAAUGCUAAUUCUCCAUCUCUUCAUAACCUGCCUCCUCCUCCUCCUCUCCCCCGCCCUUUCCGCCACCAUCAGCACCACCUCCACCUCCUCCGGCCAUGCAAUCCCCUUUCCCCACUACGAACACCUCAACAUCAAACAAUCAAUCGCCUCCACCACCCUCCGCCCCCUUUCCUCCGACUCCGACUCCAACAAUACCGGCGCCAGACUCCAGCUCCUCCACCGCGACAAGCUCCCCUUCCACCGCCACAAGGACCACCGCCGCCGCUUCCUCUCCCGCAUGCAACGAGACUCCCGGCGCGUGGCCGCCGUCCUCCGGCGCACCUCGGGCGCCGCUUAUGAGACCGCGGACUUCGGCGCGGAGGUGGUCUCCGGCAUGGAGCAGGGCAGCGGCGAGUACUUCGUGAGAAUCGGUGUGGGGAGCCCCGCGCGGAGUCAGUACAUGGUGAUUGACUCCGGCAGCGACAUCGUGUGGGUCCAAUGCCAGCCAUGCAGCCAAUGCUACCACCAAUCCGACCCGGUAUUCGACCCGGCCGAGUCCGCCUCCUUUUCGGGCGUCUCAUGCAGCUCCACCGUGUGCGACCGGGUCGAGAAUUCGGGGUGCCACGGCGGCCGCUGCAAAUACGAGGUCUCCUACGGAGACGGCUCCUACACCAAGGGCACUUUGGCCUUAGAGACCCUCAGCAUCGGCCACACCACCGUCCAAAACGUGGCGAUCGGGUGCGGCCACAUGAACCGGGGCAUGUUUGUCGGGGCGGCCGGGUUGCUGGGCUUGGGCGGAGGAUCCAUGUCGCUGGUGGGGCAACUCGGCAGCCAGACGGGUCAAGCCUUUAGCUACUGCCUAGUCAGCCGGGGCACGGCCUCCUACGGCUCGCUCGAGUUCGGCCGCUCCGUCCUGCCCGUGGGGGCCGCCUGGGUUCCGCUUCUGCAGAACCUGCGGGCCCCCAGUUUUUACUACGUUGGCCUCUCCGGCCUUGGGGUCGGCGGCACCCGGGUGCCCGUCUCCGAGGACGCCUUCAGGCUCUCCGAGUCCGGCGACGGCGGGGUCGUCAUGGACACUGGCACCGCCGUCACCCGUCUUCCCUCCGCCGCCUACGCUGCCUUCCGGGACGCCUUCUUAGCGGAGACCGCAAACCUGCCCCGGGCCGCCGCUGUCUCCAUUUUUGACACCUGUUAUGACCUCAACGGCUUUGUCACGGUUCGGGUCCCCACCGUUUCCUUCUUCUUGUUGGGCGGCCCCAUCCUCACUUUGCCCGCCCGAAACUUUCUAAUUCCGGUAGAUGAACGGGGCACCUUCUGUUUCGCCUUUGCCCCGUCGCCCUCCGAUCUUUCUAUAAUAGGAAAUAUUCAGCAAGAAGGCAUCCAAAUCUCUUUUAAUGGGGCUAAUGGAUAUGUCGGCUUCGGCCCCAACGUGUGCUGAGCAUUUUGGAUGUUUAAACUGUAAAAUACUCCACUAUACUACUCCUAGUUUAUUGUUUCUUUCUUUUCCUUGUAUUUAAAUUUUCUUGUUUACCUACUAUAUAUAGAGUGAUUAAUUAUAUCA